CCCAGCAUGGAGGCGGAGGCAGCUCGCGGAGCCGCAGCAGGCAUUUACCCAGUGGAUAUUUUGGAAGAUGACCCUGAAAGGCAUCGGGAAGCAACCAUGGGUUAUUAUGCGACACUCAGGGAAGGGAGACCGUUGGUAGAGGCCUUCUCUCUUCCCACUGGGGAGCAGAUUAAACUGGAAGCUUUGUCUGUUCGCUUAUGCACUGUGUACCGUGAUGAACCUCAACAUAAAAUAUUAGCCUUGGUUAAUCCCCAGGACACAGAGACAGUCGUGGCUGUUUACAUAAAGGAGUCCUGGUGGGCCACCGAAGACCUUCUGCGAACCUCUGAUCCUGCCAGAGAAGGUCUGAUGAAGGUUCGGUCAUUUGGGGAAAGGAUUGUGCUUUUCAUUCUAAACGUCGUUAUUUUUGGAAGAUUGGAGAGAAAUUUGGAUGCUGGUGAUAUGUUUUUUUUGCCUCACUCUGUCAAGGAGCAAGCAAAAAUUCUGUGGCGGGAUGGAGCGGCGGUUGCGUUUUACACAACCAAAAGGAAAGGCAGCCUGUGUGGUGACGGCACGGGGGCGUGCUACCUGCUCCCUGUCUUUGACACCGUGUUUGUCAGGAGGACUUACCGUCGCCAAGGCCUGGGCACGGCCAUGCUGCAGGACUUCUGUGAGGCGUUCCGGGAGGAUGAGGCUCUGGGCGUCAGUUGGCCGAUUUCUCCUGCCAUGUUCCAAGUGUGCAGAAAGUUCCUGUUGGCCCAUCCGGAGGAGCGGGGUCGCCUGUGGGAGGUGGAGCCCCCGGGAGCCUGGGGCCAGCGAAGCAGCAUCUGGCUGAAGGUUCAGCUGCAACAGUCAAGACUUCCAGACCCACCCCAAGGAAAUUCCCCGGAGGACGUGAGCAGUCAUGGACGGACUUCUCCAGAUGAUGGACCCAGACAGUCUGGUCGUGAAGGAGGCAAGAAGGGAAGGACCCACGGAGAACGGGAGCAGACGAAGAGCGAUGAAGAGCGCAGAGGGCACGAAGCAGCCGCAGGGCAGCUUGGGUGAGCCUGCGGGGCCGAGGCUGCCGGGAAGGGAGCCAAGAGGACCCUGUUGGGUGCGGGGCCGGACUGGGAGUCCCAGAGGAAGCACGUGCGGCCCAGCUUCUAGCUCCCAGACGCCAUCCUGACUCUUGUCGAGGCCUGUCUGGGCCCCAGGGGGGCUCGGGUAUGAGAGCUGCCCCUGUCUGUCCGCGCUCCUGUGGCCAGCGCUGGCCUCUGUCCCUGCUGUGUUCUCCUUCGAGGAGAGAGCGACCGCACGGACCUUGACCCCCUCAGGCUUGUUUUGUGGGCUCAGGUGGUAAGUGCUGCCUUCCUCAAGCACGAAGAUCUAAGGGACACAGGCAGUUACUCCCCCAAGCCGGGAUUCUUGAAGCCUGCUUGUUUACCCUGUGUGGCUCCCGUCACUCAGGGUGAGUUUGUAAAGACCACGCCAGCACCGCACACGUGUGCCCCUCGCUUGAAGCUCAGGGAAGGGCUGUGCCUGUUCCCGUGUGCACAGCCCAAAUCUGACUCAGGUUUGCCCAUGCCAGCUCGGAUGUCACUGUGAGAGCACGGACGCCAGAAGGGUUUCUAGGGAGGCACAUUUCUUUCGCAGAGAAGCUUCAGCCCUGUCGGCAGCUUCCUGAGGGCAGUGGCCGGGACUGCCUGGUGCAGAUGGUCCAUGGGUCCUUCGCUUACGUCCGGCCUGGCACACGGGAGGCGCUCGGAGCGGGCUCCAGGCGGGUGCCAGGACCUCAGUCAUGGCCUGCUUCAGAGGCAAAGCCACUGGAGGGGACUCGGGGCUGCUGGCCCUUCCAGUAUAUUGGUGCUGUGAGGAGAGGCCCAUACUGGUGGAGGUGACAGCCAGCCCCCAGUGUGACAUUGGCCUCCUCAGCUGCCUACACCGCCCUGCUUGGGCCGUGCGCUCGGCCGCUCUUGGGGCUUCGGAGCCGAACUGAGGACCCUGCCUGGAAGAGCCCAGUGAGGACAGGAGACGCAGGCCUUCUGCCGGGUAAGGCGCGGUCCCAGCUGCUCCCUGAGGCCCCAGAGACUGCUCCAGGAGAGCUGCGGUGGGGGCUUCUCUGCAGUUGGCCUGGGCUCACCGCUGUUCAGUGGCAUCAGUUCAGGUUCUAACUGGAGGACGCGGGCUGGGUGGCGUUGGGGCAGGCAGCGAAGCCCCGGCUCCUGCUUCUGGGUGCAUGCAGAGCCGAUCUUCUCCAACAGGACACCGCUCUGUGGCUCUCCUUGGAGCAUCCAGGCCUGUCACAGAGGGCCCUGCUGACUCUGCUUCCAUCUCUGUGCACACCUGCCUUGCUUUCUGUGUCCCCCUGCCUGGGCUUUCCCAUCAGACACACCUGUGCCCUUGCUUCAAGGUCAGCACUCAUGCACUUGCUCUGCUGUGGGCAUGUGCCUUCUCCUUCCUCCCUUUGUCCUUCUGUCUUUCUCUCUGUCCUUUCUCUCUCUCUGUCUGUCAUUCUCCCUCC